ACUACCAGAAACAAACGCUCAUACUCAACAUGUCUGGACGAGGCAAAACCGGCGGCAAGGCCAGAGCAAAGGCCAAGACCAGGUCUUCCCGUGCUGGGUUGCAGUUCCCCGUGGGUCGUGUCCACAGGCUGCUGCGUAAGGGUAACUAUGGCGAGCGUAUCGGUGCCGGCGCUCCCGUCUACCUGGCUGCAGUGCUCGAAUACCUGACAGCUGAGAUCCUGGAGUUGGCUGGAAACGCAGCGCGUGACAACAAGAAGACCAGGAUCAUCCCCCGCCAUCUGCAGUUGGCUGUCCGCAACGACGAGGAGUUGAACAAACUCCUCGGUGGCGUCACCAUCGCUCAGGGUGGUGUCCUGCCCAACAUUCAGGCUGUUCUUCUGCCUAAGAAGACCGAGAAGCCUGCCAAGAAGUAAGAUGGAUUCCUGAGUCCACCACCAAAACGGCUCUUUUAAGAGCCACC